AUGUCGUUCAUCACCCGAGCCUCUUAUUCCAUUCCACGCAAUUCUCGUGGUUCCCUACCUGUCUAUACUGACAUUCGCAACGGUGGCACAAAAUACAUCGUCUCAAUUCGGAACGUCCAAGGCCAACUUAACUCUCUUGCCAACGACUUGAAACAAUCCCUCUUCAGCCACAAUUCUCCACAAGCCAAUCGUUUAAAAGUCCAGGUCAUAGCACAAAGGCACCUUGUCAUCUCUGGUGGUCGUUGGAAGAAUGAUGUGAUCAAUUGGCUCACGUCCAAGGGUUUCUGA